AAUGGCAACACUGGUUGAUUUGUUUUUGUAAAUUAGUUUGAUUCUUUCACAAAUUGCAAAAUACCUAAUAUUAUGUACAAUUAAAUUCACAAUCUUAUAUCCUGAUUAGUGUAAAAAAUGAACUUGUCUGAAGAAAAUCCAUUUGGUAACGGGCUUUUGUACGUGGGCUUUAACCAAGAUCAAGGUUGUUUCGCUUGUGGAACGGAAAAUGGUUUCCGUGUCUUCAAUAGUGACCCCGUACAAGAGAAAGAACGGCAGAACUUUGCUGUUGGCGGUCUUUCGUACGUGGAAAUGUUAUUCCGGUGUAAUUAUAUGGCUUUGGUGGGAGGUGGUAAAACACCGGUCUAUCCUCCGAACAAAGUUAUUAUUUGGGAUGAUCUAAAGAAAGAUUCCGCCAUAUCGCUUGACUUCAACAGCCCUGUGAAAGCUGUGAAAUUGCGGAGAGACCGUAUUGUUGUUGUUCUAGAACAAUUGAUAAAAGUGUAUACUUUUACGGCUCAGCCCCAAUUGCUCCAUGUGUUUGAAACUUGUCAAAACACAAAAGGGUUGUGCGUAGUAUGUCCUAACAGUAAUAAUGCUCUUCUUGCCUAUCCCAGCCGAAAAACUGGUCAUGUGCAGUUAGUAGAGUUAAGUAGUCAUGCAGGGCCAAGCACAGCCCCAGAAAGUCAUCUAAUAGCAGCACAUGAGGCCCCUCUAUGUUGUUUGGCACUUAAUGUUGGAGGUACCAGACUAGCCACUGCUUCGACUAAAGGAACCCUAAUAAGGGUUUUUGAUACAUCAACAGGACAGAAAUUGGCUGAAUUGCGAAGAGGAGCUCAUCAGGCAACUAUAUACUGCAUUAAUUUUAACCACACAAGUACAAAUCUUUGUGUGACCUCAGAUCAUGGAACUGUUCAUGUAUUCAGUUUAGAAGAUGAGAAACUCAACAAACAGUCCACUUUGGCCACUGUUAACUUUUUGCCUAAAUACUUCUCAAGCAAUUGGAGUUUUUGCAAAUUCACAAUACCAAAUGGCCCUCCCUGCAUUUGUGCGUUUGGUGUUGACAAGAGUUCUAUUAUUGUGGUUUGUGCUGACGGCUCUUACUACAAAUACAAAUUCAAUGAAAAGGGGGAAUGCACCAGAGAUGUUUAUGAUCAGUUUUUGGAGACUUCUGAAGAUAGAUAAAUAUUUUAAUAAAAAUCAUUAAUUAUAUCUUGAGAAUAUAGGGGAUUGAUGAAUGCUGUGCUAGUAAGAUUGUUUCCUAUUUUUUUACAUUAGACUAGUUUUUAAUUGUUGGGUUUAUUCCCACGCGAAAAUAAUUAUAUUGGUGUUGAAAUAUUAACGAAUCGCAAAGUUUGUUUUCAAUUUACUCCAUUUUACUUUUUGACUCACAAUUGAUUUUUAAUGCAUUAUAAUAUUAGUCACUUUUUAUUGAUUCAUGAUGUGCAACUUGCUAUUAAUAGCACAUUGUCUGCUUGAUCUAGAUAUGCUAAAUUUUGAAUAGUACAAAUUUUUUAAUGAAUUCUGUUGAAAUUGUUAUUUAAAUUAAGUAUAUUACAUUGCUAUUGAAAAUUUUAAUAAAAGGAUGAUUCAGACAUCCACAUUCUGAAUUUAGAUCUAAAAAUUUGUAUAUCUACAUUUGAUUUAAAUGUAACCAGAAUCAUAUCAAGUUUAUUUAAUGUGUGACCUAUCCAAAAUGUGCUAAAGGCCUAUUUUCAUGGUUUAGGUAGUUGUUACAAUAGCUCAAACAGCUUACAUUUCAAUAUUACUAUUGUGAGAAGAACUAUUUAGAAUAACUUAAUUUUAUUUAAUAAUAUCCUAAUAACUGAACUAUUUCAGUACUUACUAUUACGGUCACGACUUUGACCACCUAUCCGACUGUAGGAUCCUAUUCUAUUCCUAUCCUACUGUUCAAAACGGGGAAAAAAUAUUCACGACAGGUAUUGGUCAUGGUCACCUGUGUGCAGCACUCACAGUAUGUCCAACUUCAAACAUAAUUAAGAAAAUAUUAGGAUCAACUUAAAGAAAUUUAGUAGAAUUUACUAGGGAUGCUGAGAUAUAUCCCAUAAUGAAUAUUUGCCGGAAAUACCUGUUAUUGUAGGAUCCUCUAACCAUAAUUCUAUCGGCUCAGACCAAUACUAGAUGAAGUUCAUUCACACAUGCAGAACACUCACACAGCAAAUCAAAGUUAACAUUAGCAGAAAAAUAGAUGAAGUCUUGUAACAGCAUUCCAAAUGUUUUAUUUAAGACCAUAUAUUUCAUGUAAACACGACGUGAUUGAAAAGACAAUUUCAGUCUAAUAUAUUAACUAAAAUUAUUGAGAUCAUCAACAAGACAAAGACUAAGUUGGGUUCUAACAAUGACAAAACUUGUGGCUUACAAAACAAAAAUAAAUAAAAAUCACGAACUUUACAUUUGAAAAAAUAUUGUUCUAAAUAAGCACUUAUUUGUGUCUAUAAUCAUAGAAGGAAACGAAACAGAAAUUGUUAAAAUAAUUACCAAAGAAUAUCAUUUAUUUCUGCAGUUGAUCAUAAAAGUAGGUAAUAUAGUAAAAAUUGCUCUAAAUUUAUGCCUUUGUGAUCUCAAUUCAAAAUUAAAUUUUACUGCUGAGCACCGACUCUGCGUUUUAUCUAUAUUUUAAUUAAUUAAUUACAUCGAGCAUUAUUAGUUAAAAAUUUAGAAAUUAUAAUCAACCAGAAGGGAACAUGUCGUAGAUUACUUAAAAUAAUUGUGUAAUUAUAUUAAUGUUUAUGAUGUAAUUAUAUUAAUGUUUAUGAUGUAAUUAUAUUAAUGAUAUAUAAAAUGUGUAGAUAAGUUCUACAACAGUCGACCAUCGCAGUGUUAAUGCGUAUAUAAACGUAUUUUAUAUUUUGGAUGUGCUGGCCAGUUAGGUUUUCUUACAGUUCACUUGGUGUUAAGUAA